AUGGUGAGCAAUUUGUUAGGCCUGUUUUUGAGCCUUAUGGCCACCUUCACUAAAACUGGCACGGAGCAAGGUAGUAAGAUUGUCUCUAUAGAUUUAGCAGCAUUCGUAAGCUAUGUUAUCGUCCUUGUAUUUGCAAUUCGACCAUUAAUGUUUUGGGUAAUCAGACAGACACCAGAAGGCAGGCCUGUCAAAGACACGUACAUUCAUACCAUCAUGCUAAUUUUACUUGGCUUCACGUUGUUCUCACAUUUCUUUGGUCAGACUGUACUCUUAGGACCUUUCCUUCUAGGCUUGGCAAUACCAGAUGGACUGCCUUUAGGAUCAGCUAUUGUUAGCAAGUUGAAUUGCUUCGUUUCAGAUGUUUUUUUGCCGGUCUAUGUGACUACUUGUACGAUGAGGAUCAUAACAGACGAGGUGUUCUCUAUGAUAUGUGUUUACAUCCUAUUGACUGCAAUUUUCAUGCCACUCCUAUUGAAGUUCCUGUACGAUCCUUCGAGGCAAUAUGCAGGUUACCAAAAAAGGGAUUUAAUGAAUUGCACACGCAAUGCAGAGCUUCGAAUCCUAGCAUGCAUUCAUAGGCCAGAUAACAUUGUUGCUGUAACCACACUACUUGAAGUAUCGUGCCCAUCUAGAGAAAGGCCCCUUAUUGUUUCUAACAAUCUAGGUGCUGUUUCAGUAAACGUCUUCACAGUAAUCUCUCCACUCAAGUCCAUGCACGAAAACAUAUGCAUCCUUGGAUUGGACAAACUCACAUCCCUCAUAGUAAUGCCGUUCCACCGAAAAUGGUCCAUUGAUGGUUCUAUUGAAUCAGAGGAUAAUGCCAUGAGGACCUUAAAUUGCAAUGUGCUUGAACUAGCCCCUUGCUCAGUUGGCAUCCUGAUUGACCGUGGUAAUCUAGGCCACUCAUUGCUUUCAUCAAAGUCAUCCUAUUCUGUUGCCAUGAUCUUCUUUGGAGGUAAUGAUGACCGAGAAGCACUCACUUUUGCUAAACGCAUGGUGAAUCACUCCAAAACUACCCUCACUGUGGUUCACUUUGUUACCGUUGGCAACGAAGAUGAUACCUAUUGGGAUGAAUAUUUUUUUGACUCUGAGAUACUCAAGGAUGUUAAACUUAAUAGUAAGGGUUAUGAAUCUGUGUUAUACCAAGAGAAGAUGGUGAAAGAUGGGGCUCAGACGGCAUUGGUAAUUCGAUAUAUGGUGAAGGAAUAUGACCUUAUUAUUGUUGGUAGACGGCAUGGCGUAGAGACUCCGCAGAUAUCAGGUCUUGCAGAAUGGAGUGAAUUUUCAGAGUUAGGGAUUAUUGGAGACUUUCUUGCCUCAUUAGAUCUUAAUAGUAGAACUUCUGUUUUUGUGGUCCAACAACAAAAAAAUAAAUGA